UGUCCACUAAAGGAAACCAUGGCUAUGAAUUUCAGGGCAUCAAGACCCUGUCAACACAGCUAAUCCCCACGGAUGUUGGCUGAAUAAGCCUUCGAUGACCAAACAAGUGCGCUGUGGAAACCGUGUCAGCCUCCAGCAGGCCAAUUUGUCCUCAUAUUACACACCCUGCUGGCUCUGUCACUAGACCCCCAGGUCGAGGAUCCAUAGCGAACAGCCCCCAACCCGACAAGGGUUGACACAGCAUGGUUAAUAAGUCAACAGAAUUCAGAAACCAUGACAGGAUUAAGAAGGCUGUUUUAUUUUGGUGCCCUGGACUUCAAGCAGAUUAAAUAAUCAAAAAGGCUGAGCCAUUGGGGUCAUGUCUGAAGGCUACAGCUGUUCACCGAGGUUUGACAAACAUUCUUUCUGUGGCUCAUCGCCUGAAUGGGAAAGGCAGGGAUGAUCUCGGGGAGGUCGACACUUUAAGAAAGAAGACAGGCACAAUCAAAAGACCCUCCACGGGAAAACCGUCUCAGCCAGAUGGAGACAGGAGAAGAACGGCUUAAAUAAGUGGUCUCCUGAAAGCAACACUGUUUUCUGCACUGAAGAAAAGCACAGGCAAGCUUCAGACGUGAAUGAAAAGCUGGAUUCUGAGUUUGCCAUGCCCUCGGCUUGUUGAUCUGCAAAUUCAUAAAGGUGGGCUACGGAUUCAACAAGGAAGCCUGUGGAGACUCAGUCAUGAAAGGUGAACUGCUGCUGCUUUCAAGUGUGAUUUUCCUGCUCCAAGUGGUGUGCGCAUGCCCAGAGAAGUGCCGCUGUCACUCACCCUCAAAUUCUGUAGACUGCAGCCAGCGGGGCCUGACUGAGAUUCCUUCCGGUUUGCCUCCUCAGACUCUAACACUGCAUUUACAAGAUAACCAGAUACACCAGCUUCCAGCUUUUGCGUUUAGGUCUGUGCCACAGCUCAUAACAUUGAACUUGGGCAACAAUUCCCUUUUAAAUCUGGCCCCUGGAGCUUUCCAUGGACUUCGGCAUUUGCAGGUCUUAAACCUAACCCAGAACUCCCUUCAUUUCAUGGAAAGCAGACUUUUCCAUUCCCUCCCUCAGCUGAGGGAGCUUGAUUUGUCAUCAAACAACAUAAGCCACCUUCCCAGAUCUCUGGGUCAGCACUGGGAGAAUCUAACCAUAUUUGCAGUCCAACAAAACCAGCUUCGGCAGCUUGAUCGAGCAUUCCUAGAAUCCAUGCCCAGGGUGAAGCUUUUAUUUCUCAAGGACAACCUGUGGACAUGCAAUUGCCACUUGCUCAGUCUUAAACUCUGGCUGGAGACAUUUCUCUAUAAAGGGGGAAUAAUGGACAGUGUCAUCUGUGCAUCGCCGGACACCUGGAAGGGAAAGGACCUCCUUAAAAUCCCUCAUGAGCUGUACCAGCCCUGCCCUUUCCCGUCUGGAGGUCUGGAGGCAUCGCAGCUGCAGAAGCUGGGUUAUGCCCACUGGGCUGUCCCAGGGCCUCCUGAGAGCCACAGCACGGAGGAGCAAGACGACUCGGAGUGUGAGCUCAAGCCCAAGCCCAGGCCAACCAAUCUGCGUUAUGCCUUGGCCACCGUCGUCAUCACCGGGGUUGUGUGUGGGAUCGUGUGUCUCAUGAUGUUGGCUGCAACCAUCUAUGGCUGCACGUAUGCAGCUAUCACAGCCCAGUACCAUGGGGGACCCUUGGCUCAAGCCAAUGAGACUGCAAAGGCAGAAGGGAAAGAGCUGUGUGACAGCUCACCAGCCUGAGAGCUCUCAACUCAAACAGGAAUCAUCACUUUAGACCAGAGGCAAAUGUCUGAGUAGGGCUGACGUGUUCACUGUUACUGACUCAGUUUGCUUUUUCCAAAAGAAAAGAUGAAAAGGAUGCAUCUGUAAAACAAAACAAAACAACAACAACAACAAAUAGUCCUGGGAAUAAAUGUACGUUGAGAUUUUCAAAAUACCAUAGGUGAAAUACAGAUGAUACUUGUGCUCUGUU